AAGGAGGACCAAAUCAAACAAAGAAAGAAGGUCUUGUUUCUUUCGUUUCUUUGUUUCUCUUUCUCUAGCUAGCUAAGUCCGUUCGUGAUCGAAAAGAGAAAAAGAUCAUGGAAGAAAGUCUAGUAAAAAAACAUGAAGAAGAUAGAGUAGUAAGAUGGGGUGUUUAUAGUGAAGAAAUGAGAAGGAUCUGUGAAAUAGCAGGGCCUAUGGUGGCAGUGGUUUCUUCCCAAUAUUUGUUGCAAGUUGUGUCAACCAUGAUAGUUGGUCAUUUAGGUGAACUCUAUCUCUCUAGCGCUGCCUUAGCCAUUUCCCUAUCAGGGGUCACUGGUUUCAGUCUUCAUAUGGGAAUGGCUAGUGGACUGGAAACAAUUUGUGGACAGGCUUAUGGAGCUCAACAAUAUCAAAGAAUUGGAAUGCAAACAUACACUGCUAUAUUCUCUCUCAUAUUGGUUUCUAUUCCCGUGUCUAUCCUUUGGAUCAACAUGGAAAGCAUACUAGUUUUCAUAGGCCAGGACCCUUUAAUUUCGCAUGAAGCAGGGAAGUUCACAAUUUGGCUUGUUCCAGCACUUUUUGCAUAUGCAAUUCUUCAGCCGUUAGUUCGAUAUUUCCAAGUCCAAAGUUUGCUUCUUCCCAUGUUUGCAAGUUCUUGUGUCACACUCAUUAUUCAUGUACCUCUUUGUUGGGCCUUGGUAUUCAAGACAAGACUGAGUAAUGUUGGUGGAGCAUUGGCAGUGAGCAUUUCAAUAUGGUCAAAUGUGAUUUUUCUUGGAUUGUACAUGAGAUACUCUUCUGCAUGUGCAAAAACCCGCGCACCCAUUUCUAUGGAGCUGUUCAAAGGAAUGUGGGAGUUCUUUCGUUUUGCUAUCCCUUCGGCAGUAAUGGUUUGCCUUGAAUGGUGGUCAUAUGAGCUGCUUGUAUUGCUGUCAGGGCUGUUACCAAAUCCACAACUUGAAACUUCAGUUCUAUCUGUUUGUCUAAACACCAUUUCAACUCUCUAUAUGAUUCCCUUUGGAAUUGGUGCUGCAGCAAGCACAAGGGUUUCAAAUGAACUAGGAGCUGGGAAUUCACAUGCUGCACGUGUUGCCGUGUUAGCAGCAAUGUCUCUUGCAGUAAUUGAGACAAGUAUAGUAAGCGCAACACUCUUUGCCUGCCGCAAUGUUUAUGGUUAUAUUUUCAGCAAUGAGAAGGAAGUUAUUGAUUAUGUCACUGUCAUGGCUCCUCUGGUAUGUAUAUCUAUUAUACUAGACAGCAUACAAGGUGUUCUCACAGGGAUUGCUAGAGGUUGUGGAUGGCAACAUUUAGGGGUUUUUGUCAAUCUAGGGGCCUUCUACCUUUGUGGGAUUCCAAUGGCUGCCUUAUUGGCAUUUUUGGUGAGACUGGGAGGACAAGGACUUUGGAUUGGUAUACAAAGUGGUGCUUUUGUUCAAACUCUUCUACUUUCUAUCAUAACAGGUUGCAUAAAUUGGGAAAAGCAGGCAAUCAAGGCAAGAAAGAGGUUAUUUGAUGAUCAAUUUUCUGCUGACAAUAUAUUGGUAUGAGUAUGACAAGCUCUUAAUUAAAGGCCAAUUUUCUAAAGAUGACUAUUCUCCGUGACUGAGUAGGAGUUUACUCCAUUCAUUAUAAGAAAUGAGUUUUUGGCUUUUUGAGGUGGUUAGCUAUAUGAGCUUAUACCUCCGUGGAGAAUAUCGUAGCAUUUUUGGUCAUGAUAACAUGAUAAACGUUUAGCAAUGUUUGCUAUACUAGCGUUGUGCUGCUUGGAAUGCAAAAUGUCAUUUUGAGCUAUUCAACUCUGUUUCAUUUUCCCUAAAAAAAACUGUUUCAUUUAAUUGCCGAUC